AUGCACUUCCAACUUCUCUCGGCUCUCUUUUUCAGCGGCCUCGCCGUUGCCGGUCCGGUGGCCUGUAGGCAAGCCCCUACGCCGACACCAUCGGCAGCGCCGCCGGCCGGCAGUGCAGGCACGACUUCGAGUUCCGGUGUCGACCUCGCAAAGGCCAUCGCGGCCGUCAUGCCGUCGGCCAACAGCUGCUCGGGCGCCGACUUCCCCGACGAGUGCCGCACCGCCGAGCAGGCCGCCCCCUUCAUCUCCAAAGCCUGUGCCGACCUGAGCAACGGCGAGUGUGCCGCCACCGUCGCCGUCAUGGGUCUCGAGAGCGGUGACCUCAAGUUCAAGCACAACGUGAGCCCUGGUCGCCCAGGCCAGGGUACCGCCAACAUGAUGCAGAUUGACUUCAUUACCAAGUACGCCACCGAUCUGUUCGGUGCCGGCAAGGUGUCCGGCAAGGCCCCCAAUGACAUUCUGGCCCUUGUCACCCCGGACGCCACCAACUUUGGCUCAGCCGCCUGGUUCCUCAAGACACAAUGCCCCAACGUACGGGACACCCUCAAGGCCGGCACCGACCAAGGCUGGCUCGCCUUUAACGAGUGCAUUGGCGUUUCGGGAGCUUCGGGGGACCGCAUGGCGUACUGGACGAGGGCGAAGCAGGCGUUCAACCUCUAG